CAUUUGAUGCUGCAAAACAAGCCAAUAAGCACAUAAUAGACGGUUUUUCAGUUAACUUACAGAAUACAAAUUAAUAACAGAUUACGAUGGAUGUAGAAAAAGACGAUUUGACAUUGAAGUUCAAUACAGCGGCGGAUUUCUUACCUUCUUUAGUUCCAUCUUUGAAGCCAGAAAAACUGCUCCAGUUCUACGGCCUCUAUAAACAGUCGACAGUCGGAAAGUGCAAUACCACCAAACCAAAUUGGUAUGCUUUAGAAGCGAAGCAAAAGUGGAACGCUUGGAACAGCCUCGGCAACAUGUCGCAGGAAGACGCCAUGAAAAAUUACAUAUCGCUGAUGACGGAGAUCGCCCCCGACUGGGAGUCGACCAAGCACGCGCCUUCCAGCUGGGUCUCCGUCAGUAGAAUGAGGGACAGCGACAGCGACUUGGACGAUUCUGACAAAGACGUUUUCGAUUAUGUGAAAGAAGGCUGCAUUGAGAAAGUGCGUAUGAUGGACAGCAAAGAAAUAAACAUGCUGGACGAAGAUGGAAUUGGUCUCAUCCACUGGGCCGCCGACAGAGGCAACUCGGAAAUGGUCAAAUGCCUUCUCGAGCUCGGAGCCGACAUAGAUUUGAGAGACAGCACGGGACAGACUGCACUCCACUACGCCUGUGCCUGCGGCCACAAAGAUGUAGUCAAUUUACUUUUAAAAAGAAAUGCUGAUGUGAACAUCACUUGCAAGGAAGGAUUUUUGCCGAUAGACAUAGCAGAUGAGGAUGAAAUUAGAUCAUGUAUUGAAUCUUCUAAAUGUUCUUAAUCUUACUUAUUUGGUAGCUUUUGUAGUAACUAUUAUGUAUUAAUAAAAUAUUAAAAA